AUGCCUCGAUCUUCUCGUACAGGAAAACUUAAAUUUGAUCCGGAGAUUGAGAAAAUUGCAAGGAGGCUAACGAAGGAGACUAAAUUGCUAAAACAACAAAUUUCAGCAGCCUCACUCUUCGACAUUGAAGGAAGUUCGGACUUGGGCAAUUCAUCAGUUGAAUUGGAAGCAACCUUGCCACAACUCAACGAGACAAUGGCAGGCCAAAGGACUUUGAGGGAACUUGCGACCCCAAAUGUCAACCAACAACCUCUGUGCAUCAUGUACACAGACACUGAAGAAGCUUUUAAGCUAAAAUCUAGAUUAAUUCACUUAUUGCCCACUUUUCGUGGUAUUGCAGGUGAGGACUCUCAUAAGCACCUGAAGGAGUUCCAUGUGGUGUGUUCCACCAUGAGACCCCACGGCGUUACUGAGGAACAAAUUAAGCUGCGGGCAUUUCCAUUCUCCUUAGCCGACAAGGCUAAAGAUUGGCUCUUCUACUUGCCAUCAGGGUCCAUCACUACGUGGGAAGGUCUAAAACAACAAUUCCUUGAGAAGUUCUUCCUAGCCUCCAGAGCCGCCAAUAUAAGGAAGGAGAUAUGCGGAAUUAGGCAUGCAAAUGGAGAAACCCUCUAUGAAUACUGGGAGCGGUUUAAGCAACUAUGUGCCAGUUGCCCGCAUCAUCAAAUUCCUGACCAACUGUUAAUCCAGUACUUCUACGAGGGACUCCAACCCAUGGAUAGGAGUAUGGUAGAUGCAGCCAGUAGAGGAGCGUUGGUCAAUAAAACCCCAGAUGAAGCCAAACUACUGAUUUCAAACAUAGCUGAGAACUCUCAGCAGUUUGGGGCCCGGUCCGAGGGCAUGACUAGGAGAGUCAAUGAGGUCAAUCAUGUUGACCUAGCAUAUCAGUUAACGGAGCUAACAACUUUGGUUCGACAGAUGGCAAUGGGGAAGGUUCAAACCGUUAAAACAUGUGAGAUAUGUGUGGCUCCCGAACAUGUAACCGACAUGUGCCCAACUCUUCAGGAAGAUCCAUACAAGCAGGCCAAUGCCAUGGGAGGGUGGCGGAACCACCCCAACUUCAGCUAUGCUCAGAAACCCUCGGGUUUCCAACAACCAUUUUCACAGAAGCCGCCAGUACAACAACCGUCUUCAUCUCAGGCUGGUAUGUCCUUGGAAGAUAUGGUUAAAUCAUUAGCUGAGAGCACUUUUCAAAUGCGGCAGGACCAACAGAGGUUUGAACAAGAGACACGCGCUGGCAUGAGGUCUUUAGAGGCGCAGAUGUCCCAACUAGCGUCCUCAAUGAGCAAUUUCGAGAAUGGUAAGGGAAAACUACCAUCUUAG